UGUAUCUAAUUAGCAAUGCUAUGCUACGGUAUUAAUCUUCAAUUUUUUUAAUCUGAAACAGGCGGUUUCAAGAGAAAGCUAAGGUAUAAUUCCAUUCGUACAGGAAACCAUAUAAAAGGCAAAUCUUCUGUAAGGUUUCUUGGCAAUAAGGAGCCCAACAAAUAACAAUACUUUAUACUAGAAGGCAGACACAGACAAGGACAGAGCAGCAAUAUAAAGACAACAUCAAGGCUACUCCAACCGUACCAGUCAUUCAGGCAAUAUGAUUGAAUGGAUGUCGUGCAGAUUCAACUGGAUGGUAAUGCUGAUGCUGCUGAAUUCUGUCCUGAUUAUCCAUUUCAACACAUUCUAGCAGCAGCCACCUACACUUUAGAAGAAGGUGCUCAGCACCGAGUUGGAAGCAUAUCUCUGUUUUCAAUUCAGGACAAAAUGCACCUCAAGCUUCUUCAACGGAUCAAAACUUCUGGAGUUUUUGAUAUCAAAUGGAGACCUGGAAAAGGAAACACACAAUCAAAUCUCCUACAAGCUGAUUCUGAUGGUAACUUAACAGUGUACAGUUUAGAACAUCCAGAGAUUGUCUCUGAAGAUAAAGUGCAGGAAGAUGAAGUGGUGAUAAAGGAACUUGUGAGUGUGAACAUUAGCUGCUCUUCCAUGUGCCUUACAGUGGACUGGGAUCAGGCAAAUCUUGGUUUGUCUUCAAAUAUUGCAGUAGGUCUUUCAGAGGGUUUGGUCUCAGUUGUCAGACUGGGAGAAGCACAGAUGCAAACAGAUCAUACUUGGCAAGCUCAUGGGUUUGAGGUUUGGUCUGUUUCUUAUGACUCUUGCCGGCCAGAUGUGUUGUAUAGUGGUGCUGAUGAUUGUAACUUCUGUGGUUGGGACUUGCGAGAAAGUACUGAUCAUCCGGUAUUUAGAAAUACAAAGAGCCAUCGGAUGGGAGUCUGUAGCAUUCAGAAGAGUCAACAGUGGGAAAAUUCUAUCAUCACUGGGAGCUAUGAUGAAUGUUUGAGGUUAUGGGAUCUCAGACUGAUGGAGAGACCUGUAAUGCAGGAAUCAAUUGGUUUAGGUGGAGGAGUUUGGAAGCUUAAAUUCCAUCCUUCUAUUGGAAACUUGGUUUUGGCUGCAUGCAUGCACAAUGGUUUUGCAGUUGUGAGGCUUACAAAUGAUGGUAUGAAAAUUGUUGAUGAAUACAAGGGACAUGAUUCGCUGGCAUAUGGUGCUGAUUGGUUCAAAGGUGAUUUAUCUAAGAAAGACAGAUGUGGGAUAUGUGUGCCAGAAAUAAGACGUGGUAUGAAUGGAUUGGGCCAGGAAGAGCACCUUCAGCAUGGUGGAGAUUCCAAGUUUAGCAACACAAAGCGUUCAUCUAUAACUUCUGGGCAAUGUGAUGAUCAAAGUAUUGCUUUGAAUGAGUGCACGAUUGGAGAAAAUUCCAAUUGGCCGUCCAACGUAGAUAGUGCACAUCAAAGAACAAUACAGUCAUUGGUUGCUACUUGCUCAUUUUAUGACAAAGCACUGCAUAUCUGGAAACCCAAAAUUCCUAUGUCAGAUGCAAGUUGUGUAUCAGUAUAUAGUCCAAUUUAGUUCUUAUUAAUAGUCCUGAAAUCCAGCGAUUGUUUUUUCUUGUCUUUCGAAUAUUACAUAUUUUUUAGGAUUGUUUAAUAUUUUUUA